GAAUGUUAAGGAAACAGGCCAACGAGAGGAAACAUUCUGAUGCUGCGCUGACUUUUUAUUAUUUGAACCGAGAAAUCGGUUCGUUUGUCAUCGUUGAGGUCUGAAGAGUCAUGGCGAAUCGAGGUGUUCGGAUUUUUACUACUCAGCCUGUGUCCGCGAAUCCUCGCGGAAGUACUGACGUGUACACAGCAGUUUACACGAGAAGUGGCUAGUUUAGCUAGCUAGGUAGAGCCGGGUAGUGUCACAGCGGCCGUAUCAGAAUGUCAGAAGGGGACAGUGCUGGGGAGUCAAUCCAUGGGAAACCUUCUGUUGUUGCUGCCUUUUUCACACGAGUUGGACAGGUCUAUCAGUCAUGGCUAGACAAGUCAACACCAUUCUAUGCAAUGCGAUGGGCAGGAACUCUACUACUUACUCUUGUCUACAUGAUCAGAGUAUAUCUACUACAGGGUUGGUAUAUAGUAACAUAUGCUUUGGGAAUCUACCAUCUCAACCUGUUCAUUGCUUUUCUGUCGCCAAAAGUGGAUCCCUCACUGCUUGAAGAAGAUGAGGGCCCAUCCCUUCCUACCAAGCAGAACGAGGAGUUCCGCCCUUUCAUCAGGAGGUUGCCUGAAUUCAAAUUCUGGCAUUCAGCGACAAAAGGCAUCGUCAUCGCCAUGAUUUGCACAUUUUUUGAUGCCUUCAACGUGCCAGUAUUCUGGCCUAUACUUGUAAUGUACUUCAUCAUGCUCUUUUGCAUCACCAUGAAGAGGCAGAUUAAGCAUAUGGUCAAGUACAGAUACCUACCCUUCACACAUGGGAAGAGGACAUACAAAGGCAAGGAAGACACAGGGAAAGCUUUUGCUAGUUAAAAAAACUCCCACUCUCCCUUCCUCUUUGUUGCAUUUAAAAUUUAUUGGCUACAGCCAGUGGGGAAUGAUGAGGGUUAGAAAUGUAUUUUCUUUUUGUCAGCUGAACAGUAACAUGAAAACGUGAAAAAUACAAGUUUUGAUCCACAGUGUUCUCAGUGUUGGACGAGGAUAUGAGCAGCAUGGAUCAAAUUAGUCUAAAAAUCUAAAAUACUCCCUUUGUCUAUUAAGGUUUUUUUUCUGUUUGUUUGUUUUUUGGGGGCUUUUUUUUGUUUUGUUUUUCAGGAAUUGAUCUGCAGUUACUCAGUAAUAGUUAAGACUAAGUGCUACCUUUUGCCUUUCUAACCCUAAGUAAGAGUAACAGUAAAGUCAUCAAAACUGAAAGAAAUUUGCAGUAAAAUGAGUGAUUUUUUUUUUUUUUUUUUUUUUUUGGUCGUUUUGUUAUGCUUUGUUUCCACUGGUUUAUUCCAGUACACCCCCUCUCUAAAAUUCACUAACUUUUAAUACAUGUAAUUUCUCAUUUACGAAAAUAUGAGUAAAGUUGUUAAUGUGAUAUCAGAUGGAAAUGCAAGAGUCUUCAAAUUAAAAAUUUUCAUCUUUGUGAUGAGAAUAUCCUGCUGCUCUGACUUAAAUAUCUAUGGCACUUGUCCUUUGUUCUAAAUAAAGAUACUUGGAGAAAUUG